AGAGUUGGCCAUUACCACGUGAGUGUCAGCAACCAGAUGGGUUCAUUUGACCUGCGUAUCCCCGGAACGUUAUCACGCGGAACAAUAAGGAGAUUGGUUUUCGGGUAGGAACAGUAACAGUGACGGACACCGGAAGUCCCGCGUCGUUUCUGAUCAGGAAAACAUUUCAAGCAGUGUUUCGUCGCCAUGGCGUUUCAACACUAGGCUUGAAUUAGGCGGUGACUUACUGACUAGUAUUAUAAGACAUUUAAGUGACUAAACAUGCCGAAGGUCGUGUCUAGAAGUGUUGUUUGCUCGGAUACCAGAGACCGAGAGGAGUACGACGACGGAGAGAAGCCUCUUCAUGUCUACUACUGCCUGUGCGGCCAGAUGGUUUUGGUUCUGGACUGCCAGCUGGAGAAGCUGCCCAUGAGGCCCCGGGACCGAGCCAGGGUUAUCGAUGGGGCCAAACAUGCCCACAAGUUCUGCAACGUGGAGCAGGACGAAAGCGCGUACCUCAAGAGGGCCGAGGGCAUCGAGAGGCAGUACCGCAAGAAGUGCGGCAAGUGCGGCCUGCUGCUCUUCUACCAGCACCAGGCGAAGAACAACCCGGCCACCUUCAUCGUGGACGGAGCCGUGGUCAAGUUCGGGCAGGGCUUCGGCAACACCAGCGUCUACAGCCAGAAGCAGCCCGAGGCUCCCAAGAAGGUCCGAGUGAUGAUGACCAAGCGGACCAAAGACAUGGGCAAGUUCAGCUCUGUCACAGUUUCCACCAUCGACGAGGAGGAGGAGGAGAUCGAGGCCAGGGAGGUGGCGGACUCGUACGCCCAAAACGCCAAAGUGAUCGAGAAGCAGCUGGAGAGGAAGGGCAUGAGCAAGAGGAGGCUGCAGGAGCUGGCUGAGCUGGAGGCCAAGAAGGCGAAGAUGAAGGGCACCCUCAUUGAUAAUCAGUUCAAGUAGAGGAGGCUCAAUGGGGGACACACUGUGACACAAAGUUAUCCUCUGGAGACCAUCAUCCACAGUGGACAUUAUUUGUCGAGUACUGUCCAGUAGUUUCACAGCCAGCAAUGGGCAGCACUCCAGUACAUUGAGAGGACAAUAUUUGGACAUAUCAAUGCGGGACUGAUGAUGUGUGUAUGUGUUGCAUAUUAAGAUGGUGAUCUUGGAUUGAGGUUGAAGACCUUUUUUAUAUUAGUUUGAAAUGUUAUUUUGUAUAAAAAUUAAAAGACCAGAUCAACCUGUUUGGUAUUUCUUAAA